AUGGCAGCGCUCCCUAAUCGACCCGAGGACUUUGACACCGCCAACCACGCUACCGUCAAUGGCACCAAUUCCAACGAGGAGGAUUUGACCCGACAUGUCAAUGGUGAAAGCUCCAACAACGAGGUCGAGAACAUCGCCGCCGAUGUCAUCAUCAUCGGAGGAGGGUUUGGAGGAAUGUAUGGCAUGCACCAAUUCCGCAAGCUGGGGCUGUCGGUGAAACUACUCGAAGCAGGGUCUUCGUGGGGAGGGACGUGGCAUUGGAAUCGUUACCCUGGGGCGCGAGUCGACAGCGAAACGCCCUACUACUCACUGUCGAUCCCCGAAGUGUACAAGGACUGGACGUUCACCGAGAGAUUCCCCGGGCACGAGGAGCUGCGACGGUAUUUCCAGCACGUGGACAAGACGCUCGACCUCAGCAGGGACGCGUACUUCAACACGAUCGUCACCGCUGCGCGAUACGACACCGGCACGGGACAAUGGCACGUGAAGACCGACGACCCCAAGCGCAUCGCCACGUGUAAAUACCUCGUCAUGGCGACGGGGAGCUCCUACAAGAAACACUUCCCGGCAUUCAAGAACCUGGACAAGUUCAAAGGCCGCCUGAUCCACAGCGCACUGUACCCGGACACGCUCGACGUAUCCCACAAGAAAGUUCUGGUCAUCGGCUCCGGCGCGACCGGCGUGCAGAUCGUGCAGACACUUGCGCACGACCCAACCUGCCAAUUGACGGCGAGCAUCCGCACGCCGAACAUCGCGCUGCCGAUGCGGCAGCGGCAGAUGAGCGCCGAGGAGCAAAACGCCGCCAAGUCGUUCUACCAGUCCGUGCUGCAGUCGGCAAAGCAGUGCAGCGGCGGCUUCCCCUACAACCCGGCGCCGAAGGCGUACCACGAGGCGACGCCCGCCGAGCGCCGCGCGCACUGGGAGGAGAUCUGGGGCCGCGGUGGCUUUGCAUUUCUGCUCAGCAACUACCGCGAGUUCCUGGCGGACAAGGACAUCAACCGCGAGCUGUACGCGUUCUGGGCGGACAAGGUGCGGGCACGGGUGCGCGACCCGGUGAAGCGCGAGAUCGUCGCGCCCGCGACGCAGCCGCACUGGCUCGGCACGAAACGGCCCAGUCUGGAGCAGGACUUCUACGAGAUGAUCGACCAGGAGCACGUCACGCUACUAGACCUACAAAGGCGUGACAUCGCCGAGUUCACGGCUUCGGGCGUCGUGACUGUGAGCAAAAGCGACGAGAACGACCGGCAACACCACGACUACGACAUCGUCAUCCUCGCGACCGGCUACGACUCUCUAACCGGUAGCCUCCUCGACGCCGGGCUCACCGACAUCAACGACACGCCGCUGAGCGCCAAGUGGAGACACGGCACGUACACGUACCUGGGACUGACGAUCCCGCAGAUGCCGAACCUGUUCAUGGUGUACUCGCCGCAGGCGCCGACGGCGCUGUCCAACGGCCCGCCCAUCAUCGAGAUCCAGAUCGACUGGAUCGCGGCGGCGAUUGCCAAGAUGCGCGCCGAGGGCGUCAAGUACAUCGACGCCCGCUCCGCCGCCGCCGAGGAGUGGCGCGACGAUAUCCAGAAGAUGAACAACUUGACCCUCUUCCCCGAGACCGACUCCUGGUAUAUGGGUGCCAAUGUCCCGGGGAAACCCCGCGAGCAGUUGGUUUAUCUCGCGGGCGUCGAUACUUAUGCGAGGGUUACGAGGGAGGCGUUGGAUGGGUGGAAGGGGUUUGAUGUUGUUAAGGCUUGA